CUAACGUCUGUCUCUUCGCUGGAAUGCUCACGCUAUUGAUCACCAUUGGCUUCCUCAGCACAGCCACUGGCAUCGCCAAAGCUCUCAAAGUGACCCAGCCAGCAGUGGUGUUGGCCAACAGGCAAGGAGUUGCCAAUCUGGUGUGUGAAUAUAAGCACAUUGGGAAUGCAGAGGAAAUCCGAGUGACCCUGCUUAAACAGACGGGCAGGGAGUACACCGAGAUCUGUGCUUCAACCUACACAACUGAGUACCAGAUGUUCAUUGUGGAAAAGAUCAUUGAGUGUCACGUCAGCCCCAGCCAAAACAAUGUGACCCUCACUCUCAUGGGGCUGCAUGCUUCUGAUGCUGGUCUAUAUAUCUGCAAGAUGGAGCGGCUGUACCCACCACCCUAUUAUAUGAACACAGGCAAGGGAACCCAGCUCUUUGUCACUGAUCCCGAGCCCUGCCCAGACACUGACCUGUAUCUCUGGAUAUUAGGAGCAGCUGCUUCAGGAUUGUUUAUUUACAGUAUCCUCAUCACAGCCUGUGUCCUGAGCAAAGUGAUUCGGAAGAGGAAAUAUCUCACUACUGGGCUCUAUGUGAAAAUGACUUCAGAGGAAGAGAAGAAAGUGAAGCCGUAUCACAUCGUCAUUCGCUGAGGCACAAGAAAACAGCACAGGGCAAUUUUCCAGCUGUGAUGGAGAUUUUACUUAUUUGGCUUUCUAAUUUAAACAAAUAAAAUCAAAUUUCCUAAUAUAAAAGGUGGAGGGGGAGAAAAGAACAUACCCUGCGAUUUCUCCAGAAUGUCUACAGUUUGGAAUAGAAUAGAUUAAUGAGAAGGUUAUGCAUUAAUAUUUCGAGGAUACGCCUGUCACACAAAUAUGGCUACCUUUUGGUCAUUGAUUCUGAGAGUUAUAUUGUACCAUCAUGUAGCCUAUAUGUAGCAUUAAGAGCUAUUACUGUUGCAGUCAAAUGUCUUGCUGUCAAACUUCAGCAUAUGUGUUGACCAAUUUAAAUCAAACACUAUUAAGGCAGAGGCUUGUGUGUCAUCGCAAAGUUAAACAUAGGGUGUUUGUGAGACUGAGAUACAUUCAUAUAUAAAGGAGUGUUGACGUGUUUCCAUGUAGCGCUGUGCAUUUGGUGCCAUUUCUUGUGUUAGCGCUUAGCAUUCCUAUGGGCGCACCAGCUGAGGCUGGUGAUGACACUGCUGCUGUGAAGGGCUGAUCUCAGCAACUUUUCUGCCAUGGUCGCAGCAAUGCUGUGCAGGAGUUAACACGGAUGGCAUUUGAGCUAGCAUGGGGUGGCACUGCUAGAGAGAAAAGGUCUCACAGUAGGAGCCUUAUUAGCCUAUUGCUGUGAGAAUGCUCCAGCUCUGUUGGAGUCUUGCUUUUUACGAAAUGCUAAAUUAGCAUCAAUCCAAACGGCAGAAAGUCUGACGCUGCAUUUAAAGAGACUAUUUUCCAUGAAAAUGAAGAAAGUGUAUAAGUUUGUUUAUUAGUUAUGUACAGUUCAAUAAAAACC